AUGGCUCGCAAUGUUAACUUCGACCCGAACCACCACUACAUGGAGGCUGGCCUGGAGAGCCCAAUGGAUGAGGAAGGUGUUCACAACUCCUUCCAUGAGCUGAUAGAAGAGCAGACUCAGAAUGGAGGGCUGUCCGAAGCUUUGGAGCUGCAGCAGCUCCAGAGAGAUUUUGAUGAAGAAGGCCGAGACAGUGUGGCCUUCCUGUCCAGCCCUGGACGAGAGAGAUGGAGAGGGAGGCAGGGGCAAAGAGAAGAUAUAAGCGAGGAUGAUGAGGACCAGUUAGACCCGCUCAUAGCCGAACGCUGGUCUUCAGCCACCUUGAGAAUCCUGUCCUCCAUGCCCAGUCGCACCAUCGGCCGCAGCAGGGGCGCCAUCAUCUCUCAGUACUACAACAGGACCAUGCAGCUGCGCAGACGCAGGCAAAGCAGACCCUCCAUUCGAGAUUUCUCUCGCUCGGCCAGACCCAGCAUACGAGGCUAUGGUGUGGAAACAGACGGCAUGGAGGCAGACAAUGUUGAGGUGAGUAAGCGGGACCACCUGGUGAACAACCUGCAGAACCUGUCGGUGAGCGACAGAGUCAGGAUGCUCCGAGCCAUGCCGCUCAGCGUCGCAGAGAAGAGUGACCUCAGGAGGUUAGCAUUGCAGAAGGAGAGGCGCUCGUUUUCUCACAGUCAGAUCCCCUGUUGCAGUCGACUCAAGUAUUACAUCAUCAUUGCUGUGAGGCAGAGCUGGUACAGCUGGCUGUCCUUCCUGCACUCCCUCCAGCUGUGGCAGGUGGCGCUCAAGACAGUGAGCGGGCGUUUUGGCACCGGCGUCCUCUCUUACUUCUUGUUCCUCAAGACCCUCCUCUUCUUUAACCUCUUCCUGUUCCUGGUGACGGGUGCGUUCCUGGUGCUGCCGCAGGCCGUGCACCCUCCGCCCCCCCCACCUCAGGGACAAGUGAACUUCUCUGGGCUUGAGCUCCUCACUGGAGGGGGUUGCUUCUCCCACUCUGUGAUGUACCACGGAUACUACUCUAACUUCACCCUGCACAAGAGCUGCACAGAUGAUGACAGACUGCACAAUCUGUCCGCGUCCAAUGGGACAGGAGCGGGCUGUGCGUCGAAGCACCUCUCCUACAACAUGCCGCUCGCCUACUUCUUCACCAUCGGGAUGGCCUUCUUCAUCACAUGUAUCAUCCUUGUGUACAGCAUGUCGAAGUCGUUUGGCCAGAGCUUCCGCAUUGACAAGUCCCACAGUAUCCUGGCCAUGAAGGUCUUCUGCUCCUGGGACUUCAAGGUCAUCAAGAAGACCUCUGUUAAACUCAUGUCUGACAACAUCUGCACUCAGAUCAAGGAGCUGUUGGCGGAGGUGAAUCAUAAGCACGACAAGAAGACAGUGAGCCAGAGGCUGUGGCGGCUGGUGGUUCAUAGCUUGGCUUGGUCGAUCUGCAUAGGCAGCACCAUAGCCUGUGUGGUAGCCAUUUACUAUUUCUCUGACUACAUGCACGAGGACCUCCGUUCCAGAGCUUCUUCCCCCACCAAAUACACCUUGUUGAGUGAAGCCAGACUGCUGGCUCUCCCUGUGGUCGUGUCGCUCAUCAACCUGCUGCUGCCCGGCCUGUUCAACGCAGCCGCCUGGAUGGAGGAGUACGACUCACCCAGUGUACGCACAUACGUCGCCAUCUCCAGAAACCUGAUGUUGAAAGUGAGCGUGCUAGGCAUUCUCUCCUACCACUGGCUGGGAAGGGUGGCUGUUGAACCUCAGAAUCUCGGCUUGCAGUGCUGGGAGAAUUUCGUCGGCCAGGAGCUGUAUCGCUUCCUACUCAUGGACUUCAUCUUCACUGGACUAGACACCUUAUUUGGAGAGUUUCUUUGGAGGUUGUUUUCUGAGAAGGUGCUGAGGAGGAGCAGGAGGCCGGUGUUUGAUAUCGCCAGGAAUGUCCUGGAACUCAUCUAUGGACAGACCUUAGCCUGGUUGGGUGUUCUCUUCACUCCUCUUCUGCCUGCAAUACAAAUUUUGAAGCUGCUGCUGCUCUUCUAUAUUAAGAAGGGCAGUCUGAUGAUGAACUGCCAGGCUCCCAGGAAGCCCUACAGAGCCAGCCAGAUGACCACCAUCUUCAUCACCCUGCUCUGCUUCCCCUCCUUCCUGGGCGCCUCUGUGGCCGUCACGUACACCAUGUGGAGCAUCACGCCCUCCUCGUCCUGCGGCCCGUUCCGCGGCCUCAAAACCAUGUUCCAGGCCGGGAAGAGCUGGGUGGCUCAGCUGGGGAAAGACAAUCCUAACUUGUCCUUGCUGGCCUGGGUGCACUCCUACCUGGUGGAGAACCCUCUCUUCCUUUUUCUUGCUGCAGGCAUCUUUCUGAUCGUCAUCUACUUCCACACUCAGGUGGUGGACGGCCAGAGGAAGAUCAUCACCUUAUUACAGGAGCAGAUACAAAAUGAGGGAGAGGAUAAAAAGUUCCUGAUCACUCGCCUGCAGUCCAUCCACGAGCAGAAGCGCACCUCUAAUCGCCGGCUCACCAGCCAGGACACUGCCUGUUAAGAUCCAAAGCGCUGUUUCCAGCUGAUCAGCCGCCUCACUUCUCUGUGCUCUGAGGGAUGGAGAUCCUCUGAGAAACCUUUCCUCUCAAAACCAACGUGGAUAUUAUUGGAAAAAUAUUGGGCAGAAAACUGGAUUUGUUUGUACCCUGUCACUGAUUCCCCUGAAAAAUCAAGUGUCUUAUUUAUUUGUUAACUUGAAACUUGUCUUUUAUCAUCAGGAAAUGCCAAGAGUAGAUAUGUGAAACCGUUGCCAUAGAGAAACUGCAGUAUUUCACUUGCAUUAUGGAGCGCUGUGCAAGUCUGCCUUUGACAACACACCACUAACAAAAUGAUGUCUGAGGCCAAUAUUGUGAGCUGUGUGAACCGGAUCGAUUGUGUUUGACGGCUCAGAGGAAAAAACUGAUUGGAAGAGGGGAUUACAAGGUGAGCAUUAGGAAGGCAAACAACUGCAUUUAACAAGCACACCCUACAUUUAGACUGUCGAGAAGCAAACUGUGUUGGCAGUUUAAUGUGUAAAAACACACAAACAGUUAAUAGUGUCAGAUGUGCUAAAAAAAAAACUGAGCAAAUUAGUCUUCACUCACCUCUCCGAAUAGCACUUUCAUGCCAACUGUGAACAAAAAU